AUGUCCAAUCCAUGUAUUUACUGCUCCAAGUUGACAAUUGAGUCACUUGUUGCACUCAGACGUCAAAAACCCAAACGAGGGCAGGCGUCCUACAAGCAUCACGAUUCCUUCAGCGACCUCGAAGCCGCGGCGCUUGCCGGUUGCGAUCUGUGUCGGUUGGCCCUUGAAGGCUUUCAAAGGCGGAAUCUCUGCGAGGAAGCCAGAAAUCUUGAACGGUCAAAUGUGAAGGUAUGGAUAGACCUGGAACAUGGGAAUGCCGACUCCCUUAGCCCACCCGAAGUGCUUGAUGCCAUCGUCUUUAUGGUGGGAGAGACAAGCAUCGAGGCUCUGGAUGGCUUUGCGGAGAAUUACCAUCCAGAGUGCAUUCCCCAUCUAAGUCCAUUUUCGGUCAACUAUACUAUAGAGGAUCAAGUCCUCGGCUCAGCAUCCAAUUUCGCUAGAGUCAAUGAGUGGCUUCAUCGUUGUGAGAAGGACCAUGCAGGCUGCUGGCCAAGCAAAACGCCAAUGCUCCCUACCCGAGUUAUCGACGUCGGAACCCUGCUAGCGGAUGCCCAGAAUGACAAAGUGCGCAUCUUUUGCUCCCAAGGAAUAAGGGCCAAAUAUGUUGCAUUGAGUCAUUCCUGGGGAGGCGAAAUCGAACCGGUGCUGAAAUUAGACAACUUGGAUAAGUUCCAGAACUCAAUUCCCUGCUCGUCACUGCCAGCCACCUUUCGAGACGCCAUCACCAUCACGCGAAACCUGGGCAUCCAAUAUCUGUGGAUUGACUCGCUAUGUAUUAUCCAGGACUCUACAGAGGAUUGGGAGCAAGAGUUGAACAGCAUGGGGCCCGUAUUUCGCGAUUCCACCCUAGGCCUCUUCGCUGCAGCGUCCAAGAACAGCAACGAAGGAAUCCUCAACAGAGAGCCUUCUACCUCAUGCCCAAAAGAUGCCCAGAUUAAAGUCUUUUCUGACCCUGAGGACUCUACCACUGUCAUGGCAUCUGUGAGGUGCUUUUUCCCAAGGGAGUCAUACAAGCAGAUGUGGUCGCAUAGUCCCCUGGCCACUCGUGGCUGGACAUUUCAAGAGCAGGCUCUGUCGUCGAAAUGCUUGAUCUACGGCGAGAAAGGGAUAUACUGGAAAUGCCCUCAAAAGAUUCGCUCGACUAAAUUGUCUGACGUUGAUGUCCGCGAUGUGCUGUUUAGGACGACCAACAUGAUAGACCCAAUUCUACACUCUUCCACUCCUCCUUGCGGCUCUAGGACGUCAGCUGAUUUAUUCAAUGUUAUGGUCGAUUAUUAUGGCCUUAUCUCUCGUUACUCUGCACGAGCCUUGUCGUACCGCUCGGACAAACUACCCGCCAUGUCAGCGAUAGCAAAAGCGUUGAGCCACAACCUUGCCCAAGAAAACGCAUCGCCCACGUAUCUCGCAGGGCUAUGGGAGAUGGACCUUCCCCGGGGCUUAAUGUGGAAAGCAUUGCCAUCAUCACACGCGCCACACGUGUCUCCUUACCGGGCGCCCUCGUGGUCAUGGGCAACCACAGAUAGCCCAAUCACCUUUGUCGGGAUGUUUAAAUCGGGUUGGGACAGGACAUGGCACACGGACUUAAGAGUUGUGAGUUGUGACGUAUGCCCGUUAAGCCCUAGCUGCCCUUUUGGAAAAGUUAAGAGUAGUCGACUUGUGGUUGACGGUCGCACGAUACCGCUGAUACGCAGCAGACAAGUGCUUCAGGCGGAUGGUUUUCGAUUCAGAUCCAUAGGGUGGUGCGGAUACGACGAGUGCCUUGAAGGGGAAAACCCUGAUACUUCUGCGUUACGCAUAUUCCUAAUUACGAAUGGCCAACAAAGCGCUCUCUUGACGUUUGUUGAGAAUGCUAGAGCACGCGGUGGAUCCAACACCUUCAAGAGUGGCGAGCUGGAGAUUGAUGAGGCGUCGUUUCGCGAGGAGGACUACAAAGCUGUGAUCAUCUCUAUCGCGGACAUUGAUCCCCGAGAACCCCGAGAAGAGAAGUUGGCGAGGGGUAUUUUGGUGCGGAGGCGUUCAGGAUCUGAGGACUAUGAGAGGAUUGGGUGUCUCACUGACCUUGAAAUCACUUGCACUUGGCUUGAUUCAAUCCAGCGAGAGAGUUUGGUGAUUGUGUAA